AUGGAUACAAUUGUCGAAGUACAUUCCGUCACUCGAACUACUCAAAAACCAUCAAAUAAAAAAUCUCAUGAAAAAAUUGAUAUAACUCGUAUUGAUCAUAUAACAAAUGUUUUUACGAAUGUUAAAUCUCAAUUACAUGCUCGUCUUGUUACUAGUGUUCUUGAUAUUGUAAAAAAAAAUGAUAAAUUUCGUCGUAUAACAAAUCGAUGUUUUGAAUAUAUUCCUAUUAUGGCUUUAUGUAUGGAUUCAAAUAUGUCUGAACAUAGUCAUCUAUUUGAUGAACUUCAAGAACAAUUAUCUUCGAAAUUUAAGUCUAUUAUUAUUAAAUUACAAACUAUUGAUCAAUAUUCAUCUAUUCAUAAUAUACUUAAAACAACUAAGAAUGAAUUAAAUAAGUUUUAUCCAGAUAAAGAUCCUGAAAAUAAGAAUGUAUUUUUUCAAUUAAGUAAAUUUAUUGGAAUUUAUAAUGAACUUAAAGAAAAUGAAAAACGUUCAUUAAUUUUUAUUAUUCCAGAAUUUGAGUCAAUGAAUAUAUCGAUAUUCGAAAAUUUUAUAAAUUUACUUAGUUUACAAAUAAAAUCAAUAUCAAUAUCAUUUGUAUUAGGUUUAUCAGGUGGUGAUCAUUCAUUACAACGACUUGUAGCAAGUCGUAUUGCAUCAAAAUUAUCCAUUGAUACAAUUUAUGAUUCUAGUGCAAGAAAAUAUUAUGAAUAUAUUAUUAAAUCAUUAUUCCUUUCGGAAAGUAAUGAACAAUUUACAAUUACAGCUGAACAAUUACAUUUUGUUGAUAAUGGCUAUUUUGAAACAUUCUCAUUAGCAUGGCUUGAACAUGCACUUAAAUUUAUCGCUUUUUCUGACUCAACUAUUCAGCCAGUUAAUCAACUGAAUAUUUGUUUAUUUAAUGCAAUCUAUGUUUCAUGUAAUCAAUUACCAAAUUAUCCUCUUGGUCGUUAUCGUUCAUCAUUUUAUGAAUCUUAUCUAUCGAAUACACCUAUGUUUAAUGAAUUAACAUUAUCUGUUAAUUCUUCUACAAUUCAUCAACUUGAUACAUGUUUAAAUUCAUUUAUUGAACAUAAAUGUAAUGAAAAUUCUUUGUGUAUUAAAUAUUGUCAAUUAGCUAAGAAAAUUUUCCUUGAACAAGAACAACAAAUUGCUGAUGAUACACAAACAUUAAGUAAUACAUUACGUUCAGUUAGUGAUAAAAAAUUAAAUCGAUAUCGUGAACAAGUUUUCCUAUGGCUUAAACAAAUAUGUGAAUGUUUCAUUUCACCAAUAAUCAAUACUUCAACUAAAAUCAAUGAAAAUCUUUUACAUGAACGAUUAGUACCUAUGACUCGUGCUAUAUUUAUUCGAGAAUUAACUGAAAAUGUCAAUUGGAAGCAAAGACAAAUACCUGAUUUAGCAUUACUCUAUCGUGUUUAUACAGAAUCGGGUACAAAAAUUCCACUUAGUGAUUGGUUUGAUUCAUUUGCAUCAUUAGUAGAAGAACAAGAAAUUGUUGAUAAUGACAAAGAUAAAUCAAUAUUAGCACGUUUUGUUCAUGGUCUAGCUGAACUUGAUUAUCUUGGUUUUACAAAAACAUCAUUACAACGUUCAUUUCAUGCAACAAAAUUAACUUGGGAUAAUUAG